AUUCUCACCCACGACUGUUCCAAAAAUCCAACCAUUUCGCUUCUUUGUUCCACACACUAGAGAAAAACUCCCAGGUUUUAUCACAUUAUUAGCUAUUAGCUUGUAAACUAAGAGUGAAGAAUAUGGCAUUUUCCAAACUCCAUGCAAUAAUAGAAAAUGUUGGAAGUUGUUGGAAAACCACCAAAGGCUUCACCCUCCAAGUUCUUACAGGGCGUUGGUUCAUGGCGUUCUCCUCAUUCAUGCUCAUGUCAGUAUCAGGAGCAAGCUACAUGUUUAGUCUAUACUCAAGGGAAAUCAAGUCAGUUUUGGGGUAUGACCAAUCCACCCUCAAUCUCUUAAGCUUCUUCAAGGACUUGGGCUCUAACGUAGGCAUUAUUUCAGGCCUAAUCAAUGAGGUCACACCCCCUUGGGUCGUCUUAACACUUGGUGGGGUUCUCAACUUUUUUGGCUAUUUCAUGAUUUGGCUUGUAGUGACCACAAAAAUAUCCAAGCCCCAAGUGUGGAACAUGUGCUUGUACAUCUUCAUUGGAGCCAAUUCUCAUUGUUCCACUGACACUGGAAUCAUUGUCACCAGUGUAAAGAACUUCCCAUGCAGCAGGGGCAUUGUAAUUGGCAUUUUGGGUGGGUAUCUUAGUUUGAGUGCAGCAAUUAUCACUCAGAUGUACUAUGCCUUCUAUGGAAAUAAUUCUAAAUAUCUAAUUUUGCAUAUGGCAUGGCUACCAACUGCUGUAAGUUUUUUUAUUUUACCAGUUAUCAGGCACCACAAGGGAGUUGUACAGCCAAAUGAUUCCAAGGUUUUCUAUAAUUUCCUCUAUACCACUUUAGUCCUUGCAAGUUUCCUCUUGGUAGUGAUCGUAUUGCAAAAAAGUUUCACUUUUACGAAGAGUGAGUAUUAUGUCACUAGUUCUCUAAUGCUUCUCUUGCUCAUCCUGCCACUUGCUGUUGUUUUGGUUGAAGAACAAAAGAUAUGGAAGAGGAAACAAGAAAACAUCAAUACUGAAAACCCUCCUAAGCCUUUGAAUAUAACAACCGAAAAGCCAAAUCUAGAGAAGCCUGCAAAGGCUACACCAAAGCAAGUUUCCUGUUGGAAAAACAUGUUGAGGCCACCAAGUAGAGGUGAAGAUCAUACAAUAUUUCAAGCCCUUUUUAGCCUUGACAUGGUGAUUCUUUUCUUAGCCACAAUUUGUGGACUUGGAGGUACCCUCACUGUGGUAAAUAACUUGAGUCAGAUUGGUGCAUCUUUAGGAUAUUCAGGGCAUAGUAUAACCACAUUUGUGUCCCUUAUGGCCAUUUGGAUUUAUAUGGGUAAAACUGUGGAGGGACUAGUGUCAGAUAUUAUCAUAACCAAAUUUAAAGUCCCUAGGCCUCUCGUACUAACAUUAAUCUUUGUGUUACCUUGUGUUGGUUACCUACUAAUUGCUUUCAAUGUCCCAAAUGGUCUCUAUGCAGCCUCGAUUAUAAUUGGUUUCUGCUUUGGGGCAACCUGGACUGUAAUAUUUUCCAUUAUAUCUGAACUUUUUGGUCUUAAAUUUUACUCAACGUUGAGUAAUGUUGGGGCAGUGGCAAGUCCAAUUGGGUCAUAUUUGUUCAGUGUAAGGCUUGCAGGGCAUUUUUAUGACAAGGAAGCCACAAGGCAAAUGGAAGCAUUAGGACUAAAGAAGAAACCAGGGGAGGAGUUGAAUUGCAACGGGAGUGAGUGUUACAGAAAGGUUUUCUAUAUAAUCACUGCAUUUAGCUUGGUUGGGGCACUUGUGUCUCUGAUCUUGGUGCUAAGGACUAGAGAGUUCUAUAAAGGUGACAUAUACAAGAAGUUCAGAGAGGAUGUUAGAAUUGCUGAAGCUGAAAAUGGUGUGAAUCAGAACAAGAUUGGACAACCUGCUACAAAUAAAGGAUAGAUAUCUUUGGUAAGGAAUUGGUGAAUACUUUCUGAAAGGCAUAGACAGCAAAAAGAUACUAGAAGCACGGAGCUUGAGCUAUAACAACUGCAAUAAAUAUCCAUUGAUUUGUAGUUUAUUUACAGGAGGUUCUUAUGAUAUGUUUUUUCUUUCCGAUGAAUUACUUAAUUUAAAAGGUUGCGUUAU